GAAAUAGAGUGGAUAUUUUGAGGGAAUAUGAAAAGAACGGAGUGACACCAAGUGGCGUGGCGUAACGGACCCAUAGGCCAUAGUUAUUGUUAUUGUUAUUGUUAAUCUCUUAAUCUGUCUCUGAUUCCUUCGUUUGGCAUUGUCCUGUUCUGAGAGGGUCAACAGGGACGGCGAUGACCCAAACCCUCUCUCUCAUAUUCGCAGAAAAACCCUAGAAAUUAACCAAUCUCCCUCUCCCUCUCUCUCUCCAUUCCCCGAUUAGGUUCCCAAUCUCCUGCCAGGAAUCAACCGGAUCUAUGUCAUCCGAGAUCGAGGUCGUCGAGGAGCUCGUGCCGUCGCAGUCGCAGUCGCAGUCGCAAUCGCAAUCGCCGCCCUCGCCCGAUGCGCUGCCGGAGGAGAGCCUCCGCAACGACGUCUACACGGCCGCCGCGUACGGGGAUUUGGAGAAGCUGCAGAGAUUGGUGGAGGAAGAGGGAUGCCCCGUCACGGAACCCGAUGGCUUGGGAUACUACGCGCUUCAGUGGGCCGCACUCAACAAUCGCACUGCCGCUGCUCAGUACAUCAUCGAGCAUGGUGGUGAUGUAAAUGCAACGGAUCAUACUGGCCAGACGGCGUUACAUUGGAGUGCGGUUCGGGGUGCUAUCCAGGCUGCCGAGCUUUUACUACAGGAGGGUGCUCGAGUCAGUGCUGCGGAUAUGAAUGGAUAUCAGACAACGCAUGUUGCUGCACAAUAUGGUCAGACAGCUUUCCUUUACCAUGUUGUUUCAAAAUGGAAUGCUGAUCCUGAUGUUCCUGAUAACGAUGGAAGAAGCCCCUUGCAUUGGGCUGCUUAUAAAGGUUUUGGCGAUUGUAUACGACUUCUGUUAUUUCUUGAUGCACACAGGGGACGUCAAGAUAAAGAGGGUUGCACUCCUCUUCAUUGGGCUGCUAUCAGGGGCAACUUGGAGGCCUGUACUGUGUUAGUACAGGCUGGCAAGAAGGAAGAUCUGAUGGUGGCUGAUAAUACAGGCCUUACACCAGCACAGCUUGCUUCUGAUAAGAAUCACAGACAAGUUGCUUUUUUCCUCGGAAAUGCCCGAAGGCUGCUUGACAAACGCUGUGACGGGAACAGCCGCCUUGGAAGGAUUUCCAAAUUAGGACUUGCUCCUGUCCUUUGGUGCAUAAUUUUUGUGCUCUUGGCUACCUAUAUUCAUUCGGUCAUCUUGGCAACAAAAAUGCCAAAGUUGACAGCUGCAGCUGGCCUUCUUGCAUGGUUUGGAGUUUUUCUUGCAACUGCUGGUUUGGUGAUGUUUUACAGGUGUAGCAGCAAGGAUCCUGGUUAUAUCAGAAUGAAUAUGCAUGACUCUCAAGAUAUGAAAGAUGAUGAGCCUCUCUUGAAGAUUGAGAUAAAUAAUCCUGCUUUGCUAGCUGGAAAUUGGUCCCAGCUUUGUGCAACAUGCAAGAUUGUCAGGCCUCUUCGAGCUAAACACUGUUCUACCUGUGAUCGUUGUGUGGAACAAUUUGAUCAUCAUUGUCCUUGGGUAUCCAAUUGCAUCGGCAAGAAGAACAAAUGGGAUUUCUUUGCUUUUCUUGUUCUUGAAGUUUCAGCAAUGUUGGUUACUGGUGGAGUUUGUCUUACAAGAGUAUUAACUGACCCAUUUGCUCCCCGUUCAUUUGGGGUAUGGAUUCAGUAUGCUGGUGAGAAUCACAUUGGUGCAAUAUCAUUUCUAAUAGCCGAUUUUUUCCUCUUCUUCAGCGUGUUUGCUUUGACAGUUGUGCAGGCUAGUCAGAUAUCACGCAAUAUUACAACAAACGAGAUGGCAAAUGCAAUGCGGUAUAGUUACCUUAGAGGUCCAGGUGGUAGAUUCAGAAACCCAUAUGAUCAUGGUAUCAAGAAGAACUGUUCUGAUUUCUUAAUCCAUGGUUACAAUGAAGAUGUUGAGAGCGUUGAAGAAUUAGGUCAGUCAGAGGAGGGUAUCGGAAUGAUGCACAUGGCAAGGGGCUCGAACAUAGCAAAUGGAGACUCGCAUACUCAUUCUGAAUAUGCAAGGGGCAAUGGAAAUGGCCAUUAUGUUAUUAAUGUGAAUUCCAACAGUACCAACUCCAAAACUCAUCAUGGUCACAUUAAUGGUCAUGUUCAUUCUUCACAUUGUAGCCAUAAUAAUAACCACGGCAAAACCAGAAAUGACAAUGUUCCCUUGGGCUUAGGUCUUGGCGUUGGACGGAACACCAGAUCUGUUACACCCUCAUCAUGAUAUUUACAUGUCUGGCUGAACCUAACCUGUAAUGUAUCAUAGGCACACAAUCUGGGUUGGUUUACGUUAAUUCAUUUUAUUGUGGCUAUUUACUACCAUACCCACGUCAAAUUUUGUGCUAUUACAUUUAAGUCAUCCUCUUCUCGUUUUCUCUUUCUACUUUUGUAACUAAUUUAAGUCGCAUUCAAAAGCCGAGGAGCCUUCAAAUUCAAAUGUUUUUGCGAGA